AUGUCGGGAUCCUUUCAACACCCCUUCCAGGAAUCCCAGUUCGACAUCUUCGAAUGGUACCCCAAGUAUCAAAGCUGCCUUAGCUUCUUCGUCCACCACGCUCAGCACAACGGCCCCGUCCAGGCCGUUGCCGCCUUUGUCAACAUCAAGCUCCCCUGCCAAAAGCUACCCACACCCCCGACGACGCCCUUGGAGCGCCCCGGGUCCGCAGCCGCCAACGCCUCCGUCGCUCUCGUCCCCUACGUCCGCCGCCUCGUUGCCACCGGCUUCGACACUCCUGCCGUUCUUCACGGCUUCUUCGGCGAAGAUUGGUCCGAGGGCGUCGGCACCAUUCACGAGACGGAGCGGAGGAACUACCUCUUUGCUGCAAAGAGCGACACGUGGCUGAGGGUCAAGGCCAACUACGACAUGGAGGACGGCCAGAGCGUGCCCUUUUUACGCCCGCUGCAGCGCGUCACUGAGGUGGAGAUUGUGAACGCCGAGUCCAACUGGAGCGAGUGGCUGGCCAUGCAGGACUGGAUGUUGGGGCCUCGAGCUCCUCCUGGUAUCAGCGACUCUCGUGCACCAAGAGCCCGCCGUGACUGA